AUGGAGUUGAGGCUAAUCGUGCUCUUUGUCGCCUUAUUUGCUACUAUUGAAUGUGUUUCCCGAAGGGCUAUUGAGAAUAAAGUGUCGAAAACGAUAAGACAGCAUAAGGUUAUGCUCUUCUCGAAAACCUAUUGUCCAUACAGUCGCCGAUUGAAAGAAAUGUUGAGCAAGUAUCAAAUUGAUGACAUGAAAAUUCUUGAAUUGGACUUGCAAAGGGAAGAGUAUCGAUCAGUUAUUCAAGAUUAUCUGAAGACUCUCUCCGGCAGACGAACGGUCCCCCAAUUGUUCAUCAACGGAAUCUUUGUCGGAGGUUCCGAUGACACUCGAGAGAUGGAUCGAAAGGGUCAAUUCAAGAAAAUUCUCAUCGAUGCCGGCGUUUUGUUGGAUGAAAGAAAAAGA